UUUAGCUGUAGCAAAGCACCUUGUUGAUACUUAGCGUAAAACAAAGGCUGCUGUUAUCUCGCACAGAGGAUAAGCAUUGCCAUUCAACGUGCCAAAUACCGCCAGCCUCGUGAGCACUCUCCAAGCAAGCAGUGCGGUUAUGAAUGUGAUAUAUAUGAUGCCUUAUUUUAACUAUUGCUUUAAUGUAUUUAUUUUAAAGGUGCUUUUAAUUAAAUUAGUUUGUAAAUGUGUUACUCCGAGAUAUAGUUAUGCUGAUAUAACAUGUGUACUAACUUCAAACGUACUAACUUCACUUUUGACAACCCUAUAAAAUUCGUUGAUUUGAAGAAAUCAUUAAAAUGCAACAAUUGCGAAUGUGGUUUUCAAUAUUCUCAAUCGUACUUUCCUCCCGUACGCUCCCGGACAAUCAAACAUAAAUAAAAAAAAUUGAUGACCUGAAAACCAUGGCGGCUACAGAAUCUCUGUAUGAACAAAGCAAAACCACAGAUUUCUUCUACAAAAUCUACUUAACGGUCUACAUCUGCGGUUUUCCAAACUGUUGGAUCGAAGAUCUAAAGAUAACUAAACGUUUUGCAAGGGUAUACGACCGCUUCACGCUAUUCAACAACGCGUUGAUAUGUACUCUCAUUGGCACAGAGCUGCUGGCGGUAUUCACUCAGCACAACCUCUCCGAGAAGCAACAGUCUAACUACAUGAUAUACUUUAUGUCUCAUCCCCUGAUGUACGGCUUCCGCGUGAUUAUGGGAACACACCAGAAGAAGGUCAAGACCUUGCUGUACAGUCUGACGGUUGUGCUGAAGCGGGUCCACAACGACCCCGAGGUGGAAAAACAGAUGAUACACAGCGCUGUCAUGUACCUGUUCGCUUUGUGUUUCAGUUGCGCCAUGUGCAUGACUAUGUAUACUGUUGAUGCUGGUUGGGAGAUGAUCAGUCACAACGCUACUUUCACGACGCUCGUGACCGUUUACCCUGACGUAGAAGACAGGUCUGAGUUAGCCUCGUUCGUCAGAAUUCUGACCAACAUUGUGUGGUGGAUAUUCUACACCAGAAUCAUCGGGGUGUACAUUCUGGUCAUUCCUCUAGCCACUUGUCUUAGCUACCAGUUUAAGAACCUGCAGAGCUAUUUCAUAAGUCUCGCGGAUAUUUUUGAAAGAGACGAUCUUAGUCAAACUCUGAUGGAGGAACAAUAUGAAGAGGGGUUUAAAACCGGUAUUAAAAUGCAUUUGGAGACUCUACGAUGUACGAAGCUGACCCAAACAAUAUGCAAUGAGGUUUACAGUGGACAGAUUCUUUUCAACAUGUUUAUGUUGGUGGCACUGAUGGCGCAGAUGACGAAUUCCGACCGCACCCUUGUGAACAUGUGCUCGGCGGGGGUCACCGGUAGUGCUGUGCUCAUUAGUACUGGCUUCUACAUGUGGAACGCAGGAGACGUAACCGUCGAAGCUUCCAACUUGCCGUCAGCGAUGUAUUUCUCUGGAUGGCACAACUGCCAGGGGGCGUCCUCGCGUCGCGUUAGAACCUCCCUCGUCGUUGCCAUAGCAAACGCUCAGGAACCUGUUGUAUUAAAAGGGCUCGGAUACAUCAGCCUCUCAUAUGACUCUUACAUAACGAUCGUGAAGUCAUCGUAUUCUGUCUUUUCAGUGAUGUUUUAAUUGCUGUAAGGAAUCUGCACAACAAAAUGACAAAUCCCCGUGAAAUGCACCAAGUUAUUGCAUAAUCUAUUUAGUUCCGCUUUCAAAAAUGUGCUUGAUAAUAUUGAUAGUGGCUAAAUUACUAUAAAAUAGAAUCGUGGAUAAAUGUUAAUUAGCUAUGAUAAUAAGACACCGCUAAUAAAGUAUAUCUCGCACCC